UCCUUUGGAGCUUACUGAGACUAAACACACUUUCCAAUAAUGACCAGCUUGAAACGGUCCCAGACUGAAAGGGCUGUUGCCACCGGAAUAUCAGAUGUUACCCCUAAGAUACAUUCAGAUGACUUUUAUAUGAGACGCUUUAGGUCACAGAAUGGUAGCUUGGGAUCUUCCAUGAUGGCUCCAGUGGGCCCUCCACGCAAUGAAGGAUCACAUCAUCUUACUUCCACACCUGGAGUUCCUAAAAUGGGAGUUAGAGCAAGGAUUGCAGACUGGCCUCCAAGGAAGGAGAAUGUCAAAGAAAACAGUAGAUCAAGUCAAGAAAUGGAUACAUCAAGCUGUCUGGAUAGUAUGUCCUCAAAAAGUAGCCCGGGUAGUCAGGGAAGUUCAAUUAAUUUGAACAGUAGUGAUUCUGUCAUGUUAAAGAGUAUCCAAAACACACUUAAAAGCAAAGCAAGACAAUCUGAGAACUUAGAUUCUAGAUUUCUUACACCUGAUGGUUACCACAGCUCCCCAAGAAAAGCUCUUCGUAGAAUAAGACAGCGUAGUAAUAGUGACAUCACCCUAAGUGAGCUUGAUGUGGAUAGUUAUGAUGAAUGUAUCUCGCCCAGUUACAAAUCAGGCCCAUCACUGCACAGAGAAUAUGGCAGCACCUCCUCAAUAGAUAAGCAGGGUACCUCAGGGGAAAGUUUUUUUGACUUGUUAAAAGGUUAUAAAGAUGAAACGUCUGAUCAAAGAGGUUCAGCCUCCAGCAAAUUUGGUGAACUCCUUAUAGCUAGUGGAAGUAAAGGUUCAGGAUUUUCUUUGGAUGUGAUAGAUGGACCCAUUACUCACAGGGAGAACCUUCGAUUCUUUAAAGAAAGGGAGAAACCACUGAAGAGGCGUUCAAAAUCAGAGACAGGAGAUUCUUCUAUUUUUCGCAAGCUGCGUAAUGCCAAAGGUGAAGGAGAUCUUGGAAAGACUUCAGAUCUAGAAGACAGCCGAUCAGAGGAUAGUGUCAGGCCUUGGAUGUGCCCCAAAUGUUUUGCUCAUUAUGAUGUUCAGAGUAUAUUAUUUGAUUUAAAUGAAGUGGCAGUUAACCGGCAUAAUGUUAUAAAAAGAAGGAACACAACUACUGGAGCUUCUGCUGCUGCGGUUGCAUCGUUAGCUUCUGGACCAUUAUCCCAUUCUGCAAGUUUUAAUUCCCCUAUGGGUAGUACAGAAGAACUGAAUUCCAAAGGAACUUUAAAUGUGGACCAGGGAGAUGACAAAAGCAAUGAUCUUGUGUUGAGUUGCCCGUAUUUUCGUAAUGAGAUUGGUGGAGAAGGAGAAAGAAACAUCAGUCUCACCAAAUCUAACUCUGGAUCCUUUAGUGGCUGUGAAAGUGCCUCUUUUGAGUCUACUCUUAGCUCUCAUUGCACAAAUGCGGGAGUGGCAGUACUUGAAGUACCCAAGGAAAAUCUGGUGUUGCACUUGGACAGAGCUAAGAGGUACAUUGUUGAACAUGUGGAUCUCGGUGCAUAUUACUAUCGGAAAUUCUUCUAUCAGAAAGAACACUGGAACUACUUUGGGGCAGAUGAAAACCUUGGUCCCGUAGCUGUCAGCAUCAGAAGAGAAAAACCUGAGGAAAUAAAAGAAAAUGGUUCCCAGUUUAGCUACCGCAUUAUUUUCAGAACCAGUGAGCUUACAACGCUAAGAGGUACUGUCUUGGAAGAUGCAAUACCUUCAACUGCAAAGCACUGCACAGCCAGAGGGUUGCCCUUGAAAGAGGUCCUAGAACAUGUGGUUCCUGAACUAAACAUCCAUUGCCUGAGGUUGGCUUUCAAUACACCCAAAGUCACAGAGCAGCUUAUGAAACUCGACGAACAAGGGUUAAGCUAUCAGCUGAAAGUGGGAAUCAUGUACUGCAAGUCUGGGCAAAGCACAGAAGAGGAAAUGUACAAUAAUGAAUCAGCAGGCCCAGCCUUUGAAGAGUUUCUUCAGUUGUUGGGAGAACGGGUUAGACUUAAAGGAUUUGAAAAGUAUCGUGCCCAGCUAGACACAAAGACUGAUUCAACUGGUACCCACUCUCUUUAUACAACAUAUAAAGACUAUGAAAUCAUGUUUCAUGUUUCUACAAUGUUGCCAUAUACACCCAACAACAAACAACAGCUGUUAAGAAAACGACACAUUGGGAAUGAUAUUGUGACAAUAGUUUUCCAAGAACCUGGAGCCGAAUCAUUCAGCCCAAAGAAUAUUCGUUCUCACUUUCAGCAUGUCUUUGUCAUUGUCCGAGUGCACAAUCCUUGUACUGACAACGUUUGUUACAGUGUUGCUGUGACACGAUCAAGAGAUGUGCCCUCAUUUGGACCUCCAAUUCCUAAAGGCAUCACCUUUCCUAAAUCAAAUGUAUUCAGGGACUUCUUACUGGCCAAAGUGAUCAAUGCUGAGAAUGCAGCUCAUAAAUCAGAAAAAUUCCGUGCUAUGGCUACUAGAACCCGUCAGGAAUACUUGAAAGAUUUGGCAGAAAAGAAUGUGACAAAUACACCUAUUGAUCCUUCUGGCAAAUUCCCUUUUAUCUCACUUGCUUCUAAGAAGAAGGAGAAAUCUAAACCUCAUCCAGGAGUAGAACUCCAUAGUUCUGGCGCUGUUCUCUGGAUUCUCCAUGCUAAAGACUAUAGCAAGGGUGUAGAUAUAGAAUGUCUUUUGGGCAUUUCCAAUGAAUUUGUUGUUGUAAUUGAACAAGAUACAAAAAGUGUUGUAUUCAAUUGUUCCUGCAGAGAUGUAAUAGGGUGGACUUCAACAGAUACAAGUGUCAAAAUUUUCUAUGAAAGAGGAGAAUGUGUUUCUGUGGAAAGUUUCAGAAACCCUGAAGAUAUCAAGGAGAUUGUCAAAAGACUAGAGCUCGUGACCAAGGGAUGUGAGUCAGUGGAAAUGACUUUACGACGGAAUGGAUUGGGUCAGCUUGGCUUCCAUGUGAACUAUGAAGGAAUUGUGGCAGAUGUUGAACCAUAUGGCUAUGCUUGGCAAGCAGGAUUACGACAAGGCAGCAGAUUAGUGGAAAUUUGCACUGUGGCUGUCGCUACCCUAAGCCAUGAGCAAAUGAUUGAUCUCCUGAGAACCUCAGUUACUGUGAAGGUUGUCAUUAUCCCACCUCAUGAAGAUUGUACUCCACGAAGAAGUUUUUCAGAAAUUCAUCGCAUGCCAGUAAUGGAAUACAAAAUGAAUGAUGGUGGAGUUCCAUAUGAGUUCAAAUUCCCAUUCAGAAAUAACAACAAGUGGCAGAGAAAUGCUAACAAGGGACAAGCCUCUCAUGUUCAGCAAAUGCCAUCCCAGAUGCAAAGUCCGAUUACCACUAGGGUUGCCUCAGGGAAAGGUGAAGGAAAAAUGCCUCCUCCGGAUCGGGCCGCCAACAUUCCACGCAGUAUUUCUAGUGAUGGCCGUCCACUGGAGAGUAGAAGGUUAUCUCCUGGUUCUGAUGUCUAUGUGACAGUGUCAUCCAUUGCCUUAGCAAGAUCACAGCAUUGUCGUAACUCUCCAAGCAAUUUAUCAUCUUCAAGUGAAACUGGCUCUGGUGGAGGGACAUACAGGCAAAAAUCUAUGCCUGAAGGAUUUGGAAUGAGUAGAAGAUCUCCUGCCUCCAUUGAUAGGCAGAACACAGAUACCAGUGGCAGUGGCAAAUCCACUCCGAGUUGGCAGAGAAGUGAGGAUAGUAUUGUUGAUCAGAUGGAAGCAACAUGCCAUCUGCCUGCAAUGUCCAAAGUGCUGCCAUCCUUCAGAGAAAGUCCAACAGGAAGAUUGAUGAGGCAGGAUCCAGUAGUUCACCUAUCUCCAAAUAAGCAGGGCCAUUCCGACAGCCACUACUCCAGCCACUCGAGCAGUAAUACGUUGUCCAGCAACGCUUCCAGUGUUCAUAGUGAUGAGAAGUGGUAUGACAGUGGAGAUAGGACUGAAUCGGAGCUGAAUAGUUACAACUACCUUCAAGGCACUUCUGCCGAUAGUGGCAUCGAUACCACCUCAUACGGUCCCAGCCAUAGUAAUUCAACCUCUAUGGGCAACUCGGCAACAUCUCCCCGAUCAGGACUUAUAAAAGAAAAAGUGGCAUCGCUUUGGCACAGUUCCAGUGAAGUGGUCUCCAUUGCAGAUCGGACGUUAGAAAAAGACAGCCACAUGAUGGACAGAAAAACUGAAUCUUCACUGAGCUUGGACAUCCAUACCAAAAGUCAACCAGCCUCCAAUCCUUUAACAAGAGAAAACAGUGCUUUUAGCCUCAGUGAUGCUGGUUCCCAUGCAAGUACCAUGGGUUCCCGACACUCUUCCAGCUCCAUUGUUUUCACCAGUGCCAGAAGUUCACCUAAAGAAGAGCUUCAUUCUGCCACUUCCCCACAGUUAGCACCUUCUUUCUCCUCUUCUUCCUCCUCUUCUGGUCCUAGAACUUUCUACCCACGUCAGGGUGCUACUAGCAAGUACCUGAUUGGAUGGAAAAAACCUGAAGGGACAAUAAACUCUGUGGGGUUUAUGGAUUCAAGAAAGCGACAUCAGAGUGAUGGUAAUGAAAUGGCACAUCCUAGGUUGCGUGCAUCAGCCAGAGACCUUCGGGCCUCACCAAAGCGAGCGUCUAAAUCAAACAUUGAAGAAGAGUUGAAGAAGUUAAUAGACCUGGACAGCCCAACACCCGACUCUCAGAAAAACUUUAAGUCUUCAUUCCCUAGCACUCCUAUUUCAAGGCGUGCCUUGCAGCGAACUCUGUCAGACGAGAGUAUUUAUAGCAGUCAAAGAGAACAUUUCUUCCCCUCACGAGCGUCUCUUCUGGACCAAGUUCUUCCAAACGAUGUUCUUUUCACCAGUACGUACCCUUCUCUCCCCAAGUCAUUACCACUAAGGAGGCCAUCAUACACAUUGGGAAUGAAAUCCUUACAUGGAGAGUUCUCUGCCUCUGAUAGCUCCCUCACUGAUGUCCAGGAGCAGAGGAGGCAGCCGAUGCCAGAUCCAGGGCUCAUGCCCUUGCCUGAUUCAGCUUCAGAUUUAGAUUGGUCAAAUUUGGUAGACGCUGCCAAGGCCUUUGAAGUCCAGCGAGCAUCCUUUUUUGGAACUAAUGAUGAAAACCAUAGGCCCAUCAGUGUGGCCUCCAGUAAUGAUCAGGCUGAAGACCAGCUUUCUGCACAGAUGAAGCCUUACACUGGUAAAGAAUCUCCUCCUCUUGCUUCUAAAGUGAACCAGCUGGAGAGUAUGCUAAGAAUAUUGCAGGAAGAUUUAAAGAAGGAAAAAGAAGACAAAGCCAGUCUUCAGGCUGAAGUACAACAUUUACGGGAGGAUAACUUACGAUUACAAGAGGAAUCGCACAAUGCCUCUGAAAAACUGAAGAAAUUCACUGAAUGGGUUUUCAACACAAUUGAUAUGAGUUAAUAGCACAUAUGAAACAAACACAUUGGCAAAAAAUAUCUCUGGAGUGGGACGUAGCUUUAACACCAUCCUAAAUUAUACAAACCCAGUCAGAGCACUUUCAUAUGUUUCAUAUUAGGGGUACCUUUUUUGGUUUUCCUUUGUUUCAUUUUAACAUAUCUGCAAGCACCCAGAAUUAUUGCAGAUCAACUAUCAGUGAAUGCCUUUUAUAGGAAAAGAAGAAAAAAAUAAUUUUAAAGGAAAUAAAAAUUUAACUACUAAAAUGUGAAUGUCUUUAGAUUUUUUGCACAUUCUCUUUACCUGUUCUGUAUAAAAUUAUUUGGAAAGUGGACCAGAAUAACUGUCCAUUUGCCUCUAAUUCUAUUCAUUACUUUGUAUAAGUUUCAGAUUAAUCUGCUUCAUUCUGCUUUAGUAAAUAUUUCAACAAGACUUAUUUUUUCCAAUGCUUAAGAGGUUGUUAACUGUCUUGUGUGUCUGUUAAGAAUGCUAUCUCCACAUCUGUUGUACAGAAUCAUUUCCCAGAGAAUAUCAGAAUGUGUACACACAUCCUAUUUGUGUAUAAAGUGUAGCUAGCACAAAGCUAUGGAUAUGUCAAGCUAUCCACUUCUUUUUUGCACAUCUAUAUAAAUUUGAUGCUCCCAAAUGAAACAGCUUGAGAUAAACAUUGUCAAGUAGAUAUAUUAAAUGCAUAUUUCUUCUCUGAAAAAGAGAAAAAAAUGCUAGUAUUGUAAUAAUUAUUCUGUCUUUUACCAGCCAGGAAUAUUUCUUUCAGUGGUCCCUUCUAAUGAUUGAAUUAAUUUUUCAUAAAUACUUAAUUCCUGCUGUCUGAGAAAUUAUUAAUAGCUUUCAGUGGCUGCUAGAAUUCUCUCUUAGCACCUUUACUUUUAUAGAGAUAUUUUAUAUAUAUGCACACACAGAUUAAGAAGUUAAAAAUGCAAAUCUAUAUCUUUUAUUCUGUUUGGCAUAAAUAUGGCAUAAACUAAUUUUCAGUAGUUUUCCAGUUAAUGCCUCAAAUGAAGUAAUAAUUGGACAACUGUUAUUAAAACAUGCAAAGUUCCUUCCUU